AUGGCAGAUCAGAGAAUGAGUACUCCAAAGUUUCUACCUGAAGAAAUCACACUGAAUAUAUUUACUAGAUUACCAGCCGACUUAGUUUUAGAUUGCAAACUAGUACGCAAAACAUGGAGAAAUUUUGUUAAACUUUUCCAUUCUAAGACCACUUACUUUGCUUAUCAACAUCUUUGGCGCCAUUGUGGUCGUGGAUUAAUACAACAACACGAGCAGCUGCAUAAUCUUUAUCAUAAUGAUUUCGAUUCUGCGAAGUUGAGUUUUGUUUUCUGGAACCGAGAUGCUCAAGCGUUAGAUUAUAUGGAGUACCAUGAGGAAGGUGAGUCGAAUAGAGAUAAGCAGCUCGCUAACUACUACACAAGGAAGAUCAAUUUUAAGUUUCCGCUGGAGGCAUAUGAAUUUGUAGGUACAUGUAAUGGAUUGAUCUGUAUAUCAGUCAAGACUGCGCAUGUUUCCUACAGAGAGGAACCUGAACCUAAACCAGCUUUAUACAUAUGUAAUCCCAUUACCAAAGAAUUCAUAAGUCUUCCAGGGUUAGGGAUCAACAAAGAGAAAUUAGACAAGAAUGAUGGUGUUCACAUCGUACACGGAUUUGGCUACGAUCCUCAAACUAACAAAUACAAGGUUGUUAGAGUUCUUUACUUUGGAGUCGAUUAUAAAAAUUCCUUCAAGGGGUCACAUGUCGAGGUAUACACACUUGGGAGUGGCUGCGGGUGGAGAAGUGCAGGAGAAACCAACUAUUUUGUAGACCCUAGUUUUGGAGCCGCGAGUAUUUGUGUAAAUGGAGCUCUUCAUUGGAUCUUAGGACGAACUCCAAAGAUUGUUGUCUUUGAUUUGGCAGAUGAGAAAUUCCACUUGCUUCCUGCGCCUCCAGGUGUGCCAUACUGCGGCAAACUUUUUGUUAUGAAGGGGUGUCUGUGUCUUGGUGAAGCAUAUCGUAAAUUAGGUCAAUAUUGGAAAUGGGACUUGUGGUAUUUAAAAAACAACGAGGAAGAGAGUAGCAGUAGCAGUUGCCAAGAAGGAGAACAUUAUUACAGUUUCUGGAGUUGGCGUAAAGAAUUCAGGACAUUGGGAACGAUAGAUUUCAAGGAAAGUUACUGUGAACCAUUUGCCAUCACGAACAAGGGUGAAGUUUUAUUAUUCGCAAAUUACCUUGGUGACAUCAGUCUUCAUAACCCAGAAACAAAUACUGCUACUCCGAAACAAAUUCGGAAUUUUUUCGAAUACUGCAGCCCGGGUAUGGAGAUGCCCAUACCACACAUCAACAGCUUUGUUUCAUUGAAUGCACUGGGAGCAGAAAAUGUGAGGACAAACAUCGUAGAUUAG